CCAUUUCAAACAUAGAGAGUCUCUGCUAAAAUAGAAAAGCUCCGUACGUCUAUUUCUUCUCCUUCAAGAAAAAAAAGGAAAAAAAAAAAAGACCGAACCAACACUCGUACGGACAUCCUCCAUGUACGCGCCGUGUGCUGCUCUGGGCGUUCUUCGGUCCCUCUUCCUCCUAAGAGCCUUAGCCCUGCUGGCUCACCACCUCUCAAACUCCCAUUUCCAAUCGGUCCCAAUAAAUACCACCCAAGGCGUAGAGGCCAUUUCUUACUCAAAAGAGACCUCCUUCUACUGCCUCGAGCCUUUGACAAAGAUUUCAAGCGCUUGGAGUAGUUAAACCAAGUACUGGUUUGUUAGGAUUGAAGAUUUCGAUCACUCCGGGAAAGUGCGUCUCAAUGACCUUCUUUCCAGAUUCGCCAUCAAGAAACUCGGUAAGAUUGCUAAUCUACCCAAUAGGGUUAUCAACUUGUUGGAUUAUAGGAUCAGAGAGGUUGGGAAAACAAACUGUCUCGAAUUUGUUGGAUCAACUAAAAUCGAUGAUAGUGAAGUUGAUUUUAAUGAGCUCAAGUCUAUUAUGAUUAAGAAAGUUGUUGUGGGUUCUAAGCAUGAGAGUGAGUUUUUGAUCAUGGCUAUACACAUUGGUGGGAAAUUGGGUGUUUGGAAAUUGGGUGAUGAGAAAUGGGCAAAAGUUGUUGAUGGGCGUGGACAUUCUCGUUAUCAGGACAUUGCUUUCUAUAAUGGAAGGUUUUAUGCUGUUGAUUACAGUGGGCUGACUAUAGCAGUUGAUCCUUCAUCUUUGGAAGCGGUUACACCUCCAAUGGUCAAUAAUGGGGAUGAUUCUGAUGAUGAAGGCGGUGGUCGUAGUCCCUUAUUUAGAACUUUACAAGUUUGAUGAAGCCAGACAGGAUUGGACUUCUGUGAAGGGCGAUCAGGUAAUGUUUGUGGGAGAUGGUUGUUCCUUCUCUGUUUCGGCUAAAGAUUUUGUUGGAUUAAAGAAUAACUGCGUUCAUUUACCUGAUGAUAGCUUUGGUGGUGUUAAGGAUGAUUUCCCAGGCCGGAAUGCCGGCUUGUUUGACUUGGAGGACAAUGUUUCUGGGCCCCUGAAAUCUGUUGUUGGCUAUUCUGCAAUUUUCUGGCCUCCACCAACCUGGCUCAGGGAAAAACCAAAUUGGAAGUAAGAAUAUUAUCCUUUGAUUAUCAGAUUGUGGUUUAGUUGUUAAUGCAUUAAUAUCAAGGUGUCUUGUGAGUCUUUAUUUAAUUGUACAGUAAUUGUUUUAUGAGUUUCAAGUAAUGUAUGUUGUUUUGACAUUUCAAUGGUUUGGUGAUGGAUAGCUGAUGCCAAUUAUAGCUUUUACUUGGCCAAUAAAUUGGCUGAACCGUGCUUAAUUUUCAGGACUUGAGGGAUUCAUAUUUGGAUA